UAAUGGCCGGCCCACUUCCCAGACUAUCUACCAUUUAAAUGUAUGUGUGUCAAAAUAUCAUGGAAAAUCUCAUGUGAAGUGUGCUUAAAGUUGUUAGUCUUCUAGCGCACCAUGAUGAUCUUCAGGUACAAUCCGUAUUCAGCUCUCAGUUUUAGCAGCUGCGAGACAGAACCAUGUGAGCUCUUCUUCUGCAUGUCCCACUCUUGCAAAGCCCAUUUUUCUGAAGAUAAUUUCAUCACUAUCACUUCUCAGCUUCUUUAAAUCCUAUUCACAAUGAUCACUUAACAUGAAACAUUUUUGAAGUCGUUAGAUUUAUAAGCCGUUUGUAUAUUACUCAACCCUGUCUCUCUCUUUAUUAUUGUUUAAAAAGUGGUUUCAGAGAAAGGAAAAUGAAUGCAAGUAAAUUACAUUUAUUUUUAUUCUGACGCUGCCUGAAUACUGAACUAUUUUCCUUCCAACAUUACAAUCCAGGGGAACUUUCACAACAUGCUAUUUAACAAGUAAUUUUUAUUUGUUGACCAACCCAGUAAUCCUAUAAUUCUAUGAAUAAUUGUCACAUUUCAUAACAGCCUAGCUUACAUUUAAACCAAAAUAAAAAAAAUCUAAGUAACUAACAUAAUCAAGGUCAACGCAUAAUGGCGUGUUAACUCCCUUCUAACAAUCUAAGACAAAUGAUUUAACAGAAAAUGAUCCAAAUAUUCUCUCUUUUUCUUCUCCCUCUGAUCUCAGUCUUAAUCCAAAUCCAAUGCCUCACCGUUCAGUCACAACCGGUGCCGUUAAAACAAAUAUGCUCAAACGUCACAGGCAACUUCACCGUUAACGCCCCUUACGCCGUCAACCUCGACCGUCUCAUCUCUUCUCUAUCAUCUCUUCGGCAUAACGACAACGGAUUCUACAACAUCUCACUCGGAGACUCAGAUGGAAAAGUCAACUCAAUCUUACACUGUAGAGGCGACGUCAAACCUGAAGAUUGCACCAACUGUCUCGCAAUGGCUGGAAAAAGACUUGUCACAUUGUGUCCGGUUCAGAAAGAGGCGGUUAUUUGGUACGACAAAUGUACGGUUAGGUACUCGAACCGGACGCUUUUCAAAAUACUUGAGAUUUAUCCUCAAACAAGCAUCUCCGGGACAAGAAACUUCACAGGAGAUCGCGACGGUUGGGAGAAAUCAUUAAGGGGUUUACUCGAAGGGCUUAAAGACAGAGUAUCCGUGAUUGGUCGGAGAAGGAAGAACUUUGUGGUCGGAGAAACGAGCGGGCCGUCGUUUCAGACAUUGUACGGGAUGGUCCAGUGCACGGCGGAUAUAUCGGAACAAGAUUGCACGUAUUGUUUAUCUCAGGGUAUCGCAAAGAUUCCGAGCUGUUGUGAUAUGAAAAUGGGUAGUUAUGUGUUGUCUCCUAGCUGUAUGGUGGCUUAUGCUCCAUGGAGAUUCUAUGAUCCAGUGGACACCACUAAUGAGCCAAGCUCAGUGCCUGCUACGCCGCCAACUGGGACUCAACGGAAUGAGACGACAAGUGUUGAACAAGGGGAUAAAAACAGAGGUGUACCUCCUAAAGCUUUGAUCUUUGCUGCUGUUUCAGCUGCUGUUUUUGUCUUAUUUAUCGCAUUCUUAGUCGUUUACCUAAGAUCGAGGAAGAAGAAAUUAAAGAGGAGGACAACUAGCGAAGAGCGAAACCUUGAAGACAUUAGCACAGAUUCAAUGAGAUUUGAUUUCACUAUGUUACAAGAAGCCACAAGUCAUUUUUCAGUGGAAAACAAACUUGGAGAAGGAGGAUUUGGAGCAGUUUAUAAGGGUGUGCUUUCGGAUGGACAAGAAAUAGCGGUGAAAAGGUUGUCGGAAAAUGCACAACAAGGAGAAAUCGAAUUUAAGAACGAGUUCUUAUUGGUGGCAAAGCUUCAACAUCGUAACCUCGUCAAGCUCUUAGGCUACUCAAUAGAUGGAAGUGAAAGGCUUCUCGUCUACGAGUACCUCCCACACACCAGUCUCGACAAGUUCAUCUUCGAUCCUAUCCAUGGUAAGGAACUGGAUUGGGAAGUUAGAUACAAAAUUAUUGGAGGUGUAGCUAGGGGGCUUCUUUAUCUUCAUCAAGACUCUCGUCUCCGGAUCAUUCACCGUGAUCUUAAAGCUAGUAACAUACUGCUAGACGAGGAAAUGACCCCGAAAAUUGCAGAUUUCGGACUGGCAAGGCUAUUUGAUAUCGACCACACUACUCAACGCUACACGAAUAGGGUCGUAGGGACUUUUGGAUAUAUGGCUCCGGAGUAUGUAAUGCACGGACAGUUCUCGUUUAAAACAGAUGUUUACAGUUUCGGUGUUUUGGUUCUUGAGAUCAUCAGUGGUAAGAAAAACAGCUGUUUCAGCGAUGAGGACAGCAUGGAAGGCCUCCUUACCUUCGCAUGGAAAAAUUGGAAGGAAGGUAUUGCCUUGAAUCUUGUGGACAAGGUUUUGAUGACAAUGUCAAGUCAUUCAUCGAACAUGAUCCUGAGAUGCAUAAACAUUGGUCUUCUUUGUGUCCAAGAUAAAGUUUCAGAGAGGCCAAGCAUGGCUUCAGUUCUUCUGAUGUUAGAUGGACAUACUCUUGCUCUUUCAGAACCUUCAAGGCCUACCUUUUUCACACACAGUACAAUGGUUUCAGAUAGUUCUUCUUCUGUAGGACAUAACGCAAAAACUUCAAAUUAUAAUUCCAACACUGAGUUGUAUCCUCGGUGAGUUUGUCUGAAUAACUGAAAUUAAUAUUUGAUUAGAUUUGAGUCAACUCACUUUUUAAGUGAGGAAAAAGAGUGUUACACUGUCUCUGUUUCACUUUCAAGGAGAGAUGUCAUCUCAUCUCUUGAAGAAAACUAAUAUCUGAAAGAAAUGUACAAAAUCAUUGUGAAAAUGUUAUUUGAGUGAGUCUUGAUCAGUUGAGGAGAGAAGCAAGAUUGAUAAAGGUUUCUUCACUGCAAGGAAUAGUGAGGCCGCCCAUUGGAUGAUCAAAUCCAAAUUCUUCCUCUGCCCUUCUUAGGAGAUCUUGAAAUGAAGGUUGGUUCAAGUACGAGAUGGGAACUACAAAUCUCUUCAUCUUUCUUUCUCCUACGUAAACCGCUAAGUAGCCUUUUGGAACUUCAAGAUAGCUAGAGGAGGAGGAAGAUGAAAACAGUUUUGCUUGACGUAGAAUCUGCUUUGAUGAUUGUAGCAUGCGAGGAACCCUGAUCGCCAUGGAUUGUCUUUGUUUCUUUGUAUUGAAAGUCUUAAUGCUUUACUGCAGAACGUGAGAACUUGUUGAGUUUAGAGGACCCAGUGAUGAGUAUAUAUAUAGAUAAGAGCAUUAUGAGAAGAUAACCUUUUAUUGGA